AUGUCAGGAUUUCCCUCAGCAGUACCAUCAGAAGGUACGACACAGCAGCCUUCUAUUGUUGUCAUUCAACAACCACAGAAGUCUAGCACUCUGACUGAGCCUUCUCCUGAUUACCUUGGGCUUUCAAUUUGUGCCAUAUUUUGUUGCUGGAUAAUUGCAAUAUUUGCAAUAAUGAAGUCAAUGGAGACACGUACCUACAAUCAAAGUGGUGAUUAUGAUAAAGCUCUACAAGCCUCAUCUCAAGCAAAAAGUUAUAGUAUAGUAGCAAUAAUAUUGGGAUUGAUACUCAACGCUCCUCCUAUAAUACUAAUUAUUGUAUUAAAUAUAGUAGCAAGAGCAAAUUAA